CCUAUGCUCGCCAAGUUCCUGCGCGGUUUCCACUCCGACGACCUCCGCCGCAUCCUCCUCCACUCCGAGCCCACGCUCCACUUCCCCCUCGUCAUCGACUUCGCGGAGCUCUUCGAUUUCGACACCGAACUGGGCAACGCACUGUACAGCGACCCCAAGGCCUUCCUCCUCGUCUUCGACGCCGCCGCUCAACGCGCCCAGAGUGAGGUGUUGGAAAUUCUCAACACGAGCGAGUUGAUGGGGACUCCGGAUAAGUCGAAUCCUGCCGCGACAAAGAAGGAGUUCGUGCACGUGCGCGUCAACACCUCCGGGUCGCCGCUUCUAUUCCCGGAAUCGUCGCCGAGCAUUGGGAAGGUAAGGGUGAAGCAUAGGGGGAUUCUGCUGACCUUGAAGGGGACUGUGAUCAGGUCAGGUGGUGUGAAGAUGAUCGAGGGCGAGCGGUGGUAUCAGUGCAGGAAAUGCAGCCACAGGUUCCUCUGCUACCCUGAGCUAGAGGCUGGGAAUCGUAUAACUCUUCCUGCAUCUUGCCCAUCCACGAGUUCAAAAGGCUGUCCAAGUGCUUAUUUCCAAUUAAUUGAAGAUAGCAUAACCUGUCAUGAUUAUCAAGAAAUAAAAAUCCAAGAAAGCGUACAACUUCUCGAUGUUGGGUCUAUACCCCGUUCAAUGCCCGUGAUUUUGAUGGAUGACCUUGUUGAUAUUGUUAAAGCUGGAGAUGACGUCAUUGUUAGUGGUAUAUUGUCUGCAAAGUGGUCCUCUGAUGUUAAGGAUGUGCGUUGCAACCUUGAUCCUGUCUUUAUUGCCAAUUAUGCGAGGAGAACUAAUGAGCUGAAGUCUGGUAUAGACAUCCCUGAGGAAAUUAUCCAGGAGUUCGAUUUUUUCUGGGCAAAACACAGAGAUACUCCACUAAAAGGAAGAAAUGAAAUCUUGAAAGGCAUUUGUCCUCAGAUUUAUGGGCUAUUUACGGUAAAGCUUGCAGUUGCUCUCACAUUGAUUGGCGGAGUGCAGCAUGUUGAUGCUUCUGGAACAAAGGUUCGUGGUGAACCACAUAUGCUUCUCGUUGGUGAUCCAGGUACUGGUAAAUCCCAAUUUUUGAAGUUUGCUGCUAAAUUGAGCAACCGUUCUGUGAUUACAACUGGUCUUGGAAGUACCAGUGCUGGUUUGACUGUCACUGCUGUCAAGGAUGGAGGUGAGUGGAUGCUUGAGGCUGGUGCCCUUGUCUUGGCUGAUGGUGGUUUAUGCUGCAUAGAUGAAUUUGAUAGUAUGCGAGAGCAUGACAGGACAACAAUACAUGAAGCCAUGGAACAACAAACAAUAAGCGUUGCGAAGGCUGGACUGGUGACAACACUCACUUCGAGGACUACUGUCUUUGGUGCCACUAAUCCCAAAGGACAGUACGACUCUGAUGAAUCCUUAUCUGUGAAUACAACACUGUCAGGACCAUUGUUAAGUAGAUUUGAUAUAGUUAUUGUUCUCUUGGAUAGAAAGAACCCUGACUUGGAUGGCAUAAUUUCAUCUCAUAUAUUAGCCCAGAGCACUAAAGCAGAAGAAAAAAAGACAAGUGAUUCUGGUGUAAAGAGCACUGCUGCUUUGGGCAUAGAAGAGUGGACACUUCCCUUUUUGAGAAGGUAUAUCCACUAUGUGAGACACCGGUUUAAACCAGUUCUGACAAAGGAGGCAGAAAGAAUUAUCUCAGGAUAUUAUCAGCUACAAAGGAGUUCUGGAACACAGAAUGCAGCGAGAACAACUGUGCGUAUGCUUGAGAGUUUGAUAAGGCUAGCGCAAGCACAUGCAAGAUUAAUGUUCAGAGAUGAGGUUACAGAACUUGAUGCUAUUGCUGCCAUAUUAUGCAUUGAGUCCUCCAUGACAACAUCUGCAGUCGUAGACAGUGCUGGAGAUGCUCUAAACUCCAACUUCCGAGAGAAUCCUGAUCAGGAAUAUAUGGAACAGGCGAAUAUAAUCCGUGAGAAGGUUAAAGGCUACCCACUAUUCUAGUCUAGUACUCCAUAAUAUCUGAUGCAGCUAGUCGAAGAGUCAUGGGCAUUCACACAUAUCAUCUUCAUUUCUGCACAGCCAUAUGCUAGCUAAGGUGACAUACUCUGGCUUUGAAUCAUGGAUCGUUGUGUGCCUUGGUACUCAAUCACAAUUGCUAGGUUAGGAAGGCUAUAAUAAUUAUGUAAAGGGAUAAGCCAUGUCUCUGUUUGUCUUGACAUGUUAUAGAAAUCGAAAAGGAGAGGAUAGUCCUUAAGAAGCUUGAGGACUACCCACUAUUCUAGUAGUACAUAAUAUUAUAUCUGAUGCAACA